AAUGAAUCGAACAGAAAAAGAAAAACAAGAAUUGAAGUCUGCAUACCAAGACCGGUGUCAUCUCAAAUUGGUUAACUUAAAGGAUGGGAAAAUGAGUCAUUUUCAGAUCGGAGGACCAGUGCAUCCAAUUCUACAUAACCAAUCAACUCCAGCAGACACCUCUAGUAAUUUCGAUGCUUUCAGAGACCAUAAAAUAGAUGCAGAUACAGUAACGAAACAGCUUAGGAAAAUCAAAAAGACUUCGAAAAACAUGAGAAAAGCCAAUUUUGCGUUCUCUCCCAAUCACACUUUUUACUCAGAGACUACUCAUAAUAACUCUUUGCAAGAACCAGAUACGAAAUUAUUCGUUAAUUAUGUCAAGGGCAAGCAAUACCAGUGAAACUUUGUACUAGGAAGUUCUUCUAAUGAAUUCGUCUCUACUACUGGCCAAGAGUUUGCCACUUCUCGAGAGAAGAAAUCCAGAGCAUAUAGUGUAAACUCUCGAGAGAAGAUUAAUAAAUUCAGAAAGCAUAACUUUGUAGUUGGCUAUAACAAGCUUAAUUAUGAAACUUCGAAUACUGCUAAGAAGAAGUUUCCCUCUCAUUAUCAAAACCAAUGAUCUAAAAUGUCUCAAAUAACUGAUCUGAAGAAGUCUAGCUUCUCUAUUGGUAACAAGGUGAUUGACAUACAUGAAGGGCAGAAGAAAGCUCUCAAUGCUAGUGUUGAUCUUUCUCAUAAAAUCAAGAAUCUGAGGAAGCUCAGCACCAGUAAUACAGACAGGUAUAGAAGAAAAAGAAAUAAAGGAAAAUCUUUGUUUGAGCUGAUGAAACAGAAAAAUAUAGUCUAUGGGUAUGAAAAAUCUCCCCAGUUUAGUACUUCAAAUAAGCUAUAUGCUUCGUCAAAUCCUGAUGAUUUUGCCAAACAGCUUUCUGAGCAAGAUAAACUAUUAAAGAAAAAGAGUAGCUUUAUGUUUGGAAGAGAUGUACCUGAUUUUCAUACUAGCAAUAAAAUGAAGCCUGUAAAGUUAGAUACUGAAAGAAAUAGAAAGAAGGUAUUACAUCUUCCUCGCCCAGAGAAGCAUAAUCCAACCCAGUAUUCUCACUUCAAGAUCGGUAAUGACCCUAAGGGGGGAGUGCCAUCUUCAACCACUUAUAAAGACAGCACCCAGAUUUAUAAAAGCAAAAGCUCUGGACCGAUUUAUAGUCCUCAAAGCCCAAUGGAUGGCAUGAGAUCGAACCUGAAACUAGGAAAUUACACAGAUACUUUGAAGUCUGAAACUAAGGACAAAUAUGUCGCAAAGAGGUUUUCAGUUGACGAUGGCAAGAAAGUCAAGGAUAUUAUGAAGAGCAUUAACUCUAAGUUCCUUGUACAAGAUUUGAAUAUUUCGAAGAUUAACUCUCCUAAUCAUUUUCAGACUACACAUCAGGUUUUUGCCAAUAGUGUGGCGAAUAGAGGAAAGAAAGUCAGUUUUGAAGGAGAUAUUACUCAUAGAUCUUGUGUGAAGAAGAGUGAUUUUUCCAUGAAUGGUCAAAAGACUAACUUUAGCAUUGGAUAUAUGGAUCAUAAAUCUCACUCAAGCAAGGCCAUAUCUUCUCCUCAGAGCAAAUAUAAAGCCAAAUACAAGCCAACUAUGAUAGUUAAGCCAGCGAUUGGCAACUUUGGAAUAGAUAAUUUCCAGCUUGCCCAAAAGUCGUUAAGGAACGUUUAAAUUUUCAAUCAUAAA